CUUCAUUGAUAUCCACGAGAAUCAAUUCAGCCCAGGCGGGUCAUGGAGUCAUCGAAAUGGCCAGCGGCCAACGCCACGCCCGGCACUCUACACUACAUCCCUCCCAACCUGUCUGCCUUUGAGCCCAGCAAACCACUUUCCCAGCCCAGCGACAGGAUCAAUACGCUGCUCUGGGUCGGCGGCAUGUUCGACACCUUCGGGUCGGUAGCCUACCCUUUUGUUCUGGCUCAUUCCCUUGGCCCCAGCUGGACUCUAAUGACUGCCGCUCUGUCCUCGGCAGGCCACUCCUGGGGCACUUCGACCAUUGCCCGAGACGCAGAGGAUAUGGCCAAGAUAGUAGCUUACAUCAAGGAGCAACGCCCGAAUGGGAAGGUCGUGAUCAUGGGCCAUAGCACCGGCUGCCAAGACUGUAUGGAAUAUGCAGUAGGCAAAAACUCGGAUGCGGACCGGAGACCAGCUGUGGAUGGACUCAUCCUGCAAGCUCCCGUGUCGGAUAGGGAGGCUUUACAAAAGGAGCUGCCUGAAACUUUCAAGCACGAAGCUGAUCAACUUGCUUUGAAGAUGUGUCGAGAGGGCCACGAGAAAGAGGUCAUGCCAAGCCGAUUGACGAAGAGCGUCUUUGGCAGACUUGCGAUCACGGCUCGAAGAUGGGUCGACGUCUCCUCGCCUGGGCCCGAUCACAACGGAGCUGAUGACUACUUCUCAAGCGACUUGCCAGACGAGAGACUGAGCGGCACAUUCGGCAAACUUCCCUCCAGGACGCCACUGCUGAUCCUGUACUCUGGAAACGAGGAAAACGUACCAGAUUCACUGGACAAGGAGAAGCUGGUGCAGAGAUGGAUUGGCAUUGUCAAAGCUGGCAGUGGUUCCAUCGACGAGAACUCGGGACUCGUCAAGGGAGCAAGUCAUAAUCUGAAUGGCAAUCCCGAGGAAGUAGUUCAGGAUUUGGUAAGGCGAGUCAAUGCCUUUCUUGCUCGCAUGAGUGCUUCCUCUGCCGGUGUGCCUAGGGCAGGAGCUUCCCUGCUCCAGAAAGAUUGGUGAAGCAGGACACCAACUGUCCAUAAGGUAUAUAUGCUACACUGGUUGCGCUGCCAAUCUCAUCUACUCUAGCCUCCGUCUCUAGGGACCUGGUUGCUUUUCCUGAUCGACCUGCGAUCUGCUCCUGCAAGAGAGCCCGCUUCAUAGAAUGCAUCGUCCAGGGCCAUGGCAUGCUGUCCUGUCCAGAUUGUUCAUCUCUUGCGCCCAGUCACGAACAAUGCGCGGUAUUAAUGAUCGCGUCUGGUGUUGAAGGGGAUCCUCGUUGCAUGCAACUAGGCAUGUGUGGCUCCCCACGCCUGCCAGAUCAGGCCAUCCUUAUUACCCGCGAUGAAAUCCCCAAAGCUUCGUCUCCAGAAGCAAAUUCGCACGCAGGGCGGGUGCCGUGCCUUACACAGAUGAAGAGAGGGCUCACAGUUCGAGCUCUUCGCUUCCAGUCACCACUGCCUGGAGAGGUUUGGCGACAGCGUGGACGGGUCUCAGUGUCGUAGCGCGCUGAUUUUGAGUCUUAGCGAUGCCAACUGACUGAGUAACUGUUGAGGUGAGUGGGUGCUGCGGCUUCAGGCUGUGCGAGAGCGACUUGGGAAUGAUCAUGCCGACCUGGGGUGACUCGUAUUGCUAAGGGGAGCCUAGAAAUUCAGUGACAACGAUGAUCGUGUUCGCGGUCGCUACGAUCUAAUUUCGCAAACUCAGACGUCUCUGAUUGACAUUUUUAUUGUAUGUGUGUAGGAUGCCCAUGGAAAGUUACCACGGUACGUCGAAUGAUGUUGGAUGAAAUCAGCAUGCCAGGCGGGCGCAAUCCAUGACAAUCCAUGACAAGCGGAGGAGUUCGCGAUGCACGAGUCAGAGCUUAGUCACGAACAAAGUUUACACGAAACCAACCGACACCUGUCACCUUGUCGAUGAGGCUUCGAGAACCCAUGAGCGUCCAACGUGGCAGCUGGCAACAUUGCCUCGAUGCGCACGUUCCGGCGAGAAAAAGAGGGAAGCGUGCAGAACCUUGACGAAACCAUCACAUGCUUAGUAGCCGGCAAUCUGCUGUCCUAGGAUACACGGACUGUAUGUCGACAAACCCUCC